AUGAGGAAUAUGAAUCGAGUCUUCUUCUGCAAAUCACUCUCUCUCGUCUUCCUCGUUCCCUCUUUCACUCGCCCACAGCUCCGAUUCACCUAUUCCGCCGCCGUAGCCUCAUUUCCGAAUCGAGCGAUUCACUGCAUGGCGACCGAUCCAGCGGCGUCGUUUUCGUCUGUAGCCGGCGGAGUUAAUCCCGUCUCUCCCCCGUCUCGGAAUGAUGACGUCUCCGCGGUUCCGGCUUCUUCCGCUUCAUCCGCCAUCGAUUUCCUCACGCUCUGUACUCGUCUCAAGACAACUCCAAGAGCUGGAUGGGUUAAAAGAGAUGUGAAAAAUCCAGAAUCAAUAGCUGAUCACAUGUAUCGGAUGGGUCUUAUGGCUCUGAUUUCUUCAGAUAUUCCUGGUGUUAACAGAGACAAAUGCAUGAAAAUGGCAAUUGUUCAUGACAUUGCAGAAGCCAUUGUUGGAGACAUUACACCUUCUUGUGGAGUCUCUAAGGAAGAGAAGAAUCGAAGAGAAAGCGAAGCACUUGAACACAUGUGCAAACUCUUGGGUGGAGGAGAAAGAGCUAAUGAAAUCGCUGAGCUUUGGAGAGAAUAUGAAGCAAACUCUUCACCUGAAGCCAAAGUUGUUAAAGAUUUCGAUAAGCUUGAGAUGAUACUACAAGCUUUGGAAUACGAACAAGAGCAAGGUAGAGAUCUAGAAGAGUUUUUCCAAUCAACCGCAGGGAAGUUCCAGACCGAUAUAGGCAAAGCUUGGGCGUCUGAGAUUGCUUCAAGAAGAAGAAAGCAACAUUAG